AUUAGUUAUUAUGUAGAGUCAAUGAAGUACUCGACUGUCUAGACUAAUUUCAAAAAAUAAAAUUGUGUACAUGAAAGAUUAAAGCCUUUACUCGAAUAACCCCCCUAUUUUCCUUGAAUUUGUACAACCCAUAACCUGACAUCAUUGUAAUCCGUAGAUGACAAUAUCAAAGAAUCCACAUUUUGUACAGCUUAGAAUUUUCACUACCAUUCUGUAAUAAAAAAACACACUUAGAUCGUAUAAAAAGCGGACAAUUUUUUGUGAAGAUACAUCACUGGUUUGGUGGCUAAAAGAUUCGGUUUUAAUUGUUGAGUUUUAGGCCAAUUUCCAACCCACCUUUGGUAGUACUGUUAAAGCUUGCAAGCGGUGUAACUCAAGUGCGAUUUAAUAAACAUGUGCUCAGUUACUGAUUUACAUUUAUUGACAAAAAGAGGAUAGUUUUAAGGGGAAGCGAUUCAGUACCUGGAUUUAUUUCCACAGAUCUGACAAUAACUGAUGGCAACCGGGAGGCUUGUGAAGCGAAAAAACAAAUCAACGAGUUUCCAAACGUUAUUUGACCAAAUUCUGUGCCGAUCAGAUAAGUUAUAUAAAGGAUCUGUAAAGUCAGACGAAAAUAUACUCCAACUGCUAGAUGUUUUGGACAAUUGUCGUAAUAAGUGGAAAAGUACUUUCAUAAAACUGUAUUCCGUUCUGCGCGUUCAAAAAUCAGAAGUUAAGCGACUGACAAAUUUACAGGCCCAUACUCAGGCUAUGUUCGAAGCUGAAGUUCAGAAACGACGUCGUAUAGAACGAUCAAGGAAAUCUCUUGAACACAAGAUUAAUAUGAUAAGACAAGUGCUGCUCGUUAAUGAUGUUGAUAGCGCCAGACGUCAUCUUGAUGCGAUUGACCUUUCCACGAAUGAAAUCAAUCAGUCUUGUAAUGAAUGGUCAGUAGGUUCUUCAAUCGGACAUGUCAAUACACCUAUCGAUUCAGAGUCUGUUGUCAAAAAAGGCCGUAAUAGCGGUCGCAUAUCGAAGAAAUUGGGUAGAGCCAGUUCAGUCAGUCAUACUGGUGCUGCCAGACGUUCUGCUACAAAACAAGAAUUACGAUGUGCUUCUGUGCAAAAGUUUAUCGUACGUCGUUCAGGAGAAAGUUUAUCCUCAAAAUCUUCACAGAAUAGUGCACAGAGACUAGGAACCAUAAAUCGUUUAAAUCGUCCUCACAAUUUUGUUUCACGAACUGUAUUACGAAUGGAAGUGUGUAGUGCAUGUGGUCGCCGCAUUACUUUUGGUAAAGCUUCUUACAAAUGCUUAGUUUGUCGUCUUGUAGUACAUCCGGCGUGUCGACAAAUGCUUAUUCAAACUUGUGUACCACCGAGUGUACCACGUGCAAAUUUCACUUCUCAAACAAGUCGCAAUCUACCAACACCCCAUCACAUUUCUGCGUACAUUCCUAUUUCACCAUUAACACAACCUCAAACUCAUGGUUACGGAGAUCCACUACUUUCUAGUCCGACAUUUGCCAAUAGAAUGAGAUCGCGCAAUAUAAGCUUGUCUUUAUUAUGUCCAUCUGAUCAGUUUCCACGAGUUCCUGCACUGGUAAUACAUUGUGUGAAUGAAGUUAUGGCUCGUGGUAUGAAAACUGUUGGACUCUAUCGAGUCUCUGGUUCUGAAAAGCAAGUUCGAGAUUUAUAUGAAAAAUUCCUACGCAGUCGAAGUACACCAAGCUUGGCAUUAAUAGAAGAUAUUCAUGUAGUCUGUGGGUGUUUAAAGUUGUUUUUGAGAAGUUUAGAAGAACCUUUGGUAACUUACCUUCAAAGACCGAAUUUUGUCGGAGCUAGUGAACAGUAUCUAACUAAUCCUACAAAAGCAUAUGAUUGUGCUUUAAAUGUCUUGAAAAAUUUACCGACACCUAAUCGACAUACUUUGUCAUUCAUUAUGCUUCACUUAAAGGCUGUGUCUAAAACAUCACUAUGUCAAAUGGGUGAAGACAAUUUGGCAAAAGUUUUUGGUCCAACAUUAGUUGGUUAUUCUUGUCCAGAGCCUCAAGUUAUGCAAGCUAUCUCUGAAACAAAACCACAACAAGAUGUUCUACGAUUACUUUUCAGUCUUUCUGACGACAUCUAUUCAUCGUUUCUAUCGGAUUGGGAUAAUACUUCUGAAAAUAAUAGUGAAACACGUACAAAUUACUUCACAUCUUUAACUACAGAUAUGAGUUCAUCAGAAAUAACACCUAAUUCACAUAAUAAUAAUAAUAAUCGACUUUGUGACAUGGGAGGAUCUACUCGUAAAGGAUUUUUACCCAAUCUUUUAUCAUCAUUUCGAGAUAUGUCUAGUUAAAAUAUAAUUAAUAAUAAUACACCCCUCUGUUGAUUUAUUUACUAUUGUACUUCUUUGUUACUUCCACACUACGAAAGAACCAUACAUUAUCCUUUUCUAAACAUUAUUACAUGUAUAAAAUAAAAAGAAUUUAUAUAUAUAUAUGUAGGUUUCUUCAUUUUAACUAUUUUUUUUACCAUUGUAACUGAUCACUAGUUCAUUGUUUCUUCUUGAAUACUCAACGUGUCAACUGUUGAUAUUUUGAAUAUGAAUAAUCAUUGGCUACAUUUUUUUAUAGGUUCAAUUGAAUAUUUUAGAAUUUCAUCUGAUAUUCUCAUUUAGUGGCCCAAGAUCUGAUUCCAGUUAGAUUGUAUGUUUGUUAUUGAUAAUAUAUAUAUUCUGAUUA